AUGACCACUUUAGACACUUUUCCUCCGGAGUUGAUGGAGUUAAUAUUCCGUUACGUCGGUACGGAGUGUGAAUUGUUAAUAUCAUUAAGAUCCUCACUCACACCACAAUGGCAUAGUUACAUCGAUGCUUUGUUAUUUCAAAAAUUAAUAUUCAUUGACGAUACAGCCCAAGAUUGUAGAUUCUUCAGCGUAUCGAAUAUCACUGGGAUUUAUAUCCCCGAUCACUGCGAAUUGAUUAUUGACUACGAUCAGAUGCCCAAAUUGCUGCCAUUUAAGCAUUAUAUUAAAGACCUCCAAUUUUCCGGCUUACCCAAGAAUGAUAGAGAUGGGGAAAAAACAGAAGCAUUAAUGUGUCAAAUAUCCGAUUUUAUUGAAUCGCUUCCUCAUUUGGAGACUCUUCAUUCACUGACGCAGAUCCCGAGGGUGGAUAAGAAGUUGAAGAAUUUGUCAUUGAUGCGAGAAUCCACUAACUUGGACAGAUUCAAUUGUGCAAAAUUGGAGUACCUUGGAUUGGUAGCAAUGAAUGAUGAGGUGGGAAUUGACAAAAACGAUUUAUCUAGAUUGAAAUCUUUGUUUGUUAGAGGUAGUUCGGUGGAAAUAGAUGCCAAGAAGUGGAAUUUGAGAAAUUUAGAAAGCUUGAGUUUGGAGUAUGAUAAUAACCCCACAGAAAUGAAUAAUUUCCAAGCAGACUAUCUUCCAAAACUCGCGUCAUUGCAGGUGCGGAAUAAAUUGGAAUCUUUCCCAGAUUUAUCCCUGUUUGUCAACUUAACCUCUAUUAAAUUAAAUAAGUGUUCGCUAUAUGAAAUUGGUAAGUGGGCCCUCAAGCUUUCUCAUUUAAAAAGUAUGGAUUUAAAAUGUAACGACAUUGAGGAAAUUGAAAAUUUGGACAAUCUGCGUAAAUUGGAGUAUUUGGACCUUUCUCAGAAUGAUAUUCAGGUUGUCCAAGGACUUGAUAGUUUAGUAAGCUUAAAAACCUUGAACUUGAGUGAAAAUAGGCAUCUUGAGAAGUUUGAAUAUUUUCCUAAAUCAUUAAGUUGCUUAGAAAAGUUGGAUUUGCAUGAAGUUCCCCUUGAUUCAAUUUGUGAAUUUCAAGAUUUUCCAAAGCUCAAGGAGAUUGAUUUUAAAUACACAUAUGUGCGGGAUGUCAAAGGCUUGAGGUCUUUGGAAAGCUUAGAAAAAUUCACUGGUGCUCUUCACAAGAUUGAACUCUCAGUGAAUAAGCUUGAAAACUUGACUUAUUUUCACAUCAUCAGAUCGAAACUAGACAAAGAGCAAUUACAAACUAUAUCUCAGUUAAAUAAUGUGAAAUCACUCAAAUUGACACAAUGUCACUUGGAGGAGAUUGGGACAUGGAUCAGUCCUUUGACGCAAUUAAAGUCAUUGGAGUUAUCACUGAAUAGCAUUAAGAGGAUCACGAAUUUGGAACGCCUCCAAGAUUUAGAAGAAAUUAAUUUGAAAUGGAAUGAAAUAGAAGCGCUUGAAGGCGUUGAAAGCUUAAAAAAAUUAACGAAAUUAAUCAUCUCUUGCAAUAAUAUUUCAAAAGUUCCGGCUAAUUUGUCCAAAUUGAGCAGUUUAAAGGAAUUAGAUCUUUCCAACAAUAAGUUGACAACUUGGGAAAAUUUGAAUGACUUGCCAGCUUUGAAGACAUUUAAUCUCACCGCAAAUGAGGGCCUACUGGUGUUUGAUAAGCCGUUGAACUUUCCAAAGCUUAUCAAACUUGAAUUAGUCAGAUGCCCUAUUGUGAAACUCGAGAACUUUGUGAAUGUGCCAUCACUAGAGAUUUUUUUGGCCAAACGGACCAAAUUUCAGCUGAUGGCUGAUGUCUUUGAUGUCUUCUCGGAAAAUAGCCUUAAGAACAUGAAAUACCUUCAAGUGGAUUUGGAGACGACCAAAGAAUUUAAACAGAUGAAACAGGUCAAGCGCGAGGAGGGUGUUGACCCAAUAAAGUUUAUGCUUCACGCAUACAGCAUUGGCAUCAAGUUAAUGUUUGAAAAGGUUUUCGAGCGGAAUGAGAAUUUGGUGGUUGCCUGUGAAUGGGGGCAGUCUACGAGAACCAAAGAGUUUCGUCGUAUCACUGACAUGAGAAGAUGUUUAGCUCGUAGUGAUUGA